AUGACAUCGAAAGAUGAUGAGAAACCGCUGAAAGAAUAUACGAGAGCCCAGGUGGAGCAGCAUUGUACACACGACGAUUUGUGGCUCAUUUUCAGAGGAAAAGUAUACAACAUGACACCAUAUUUCAACCAGCACCCUGGCGGAUUAGCCAUUCUUCGUUAUGCGGGAAAGGACGUCUCUACAGUACUCCCCUACGUGGCAUCUCAUGGCAUCGCAUGGAAAAUCAUAGAGAAAAAGCUAGAGGAGAAUCUCAUUGGAAAACUUAAAUAA